CCUGCGUUCAGUAUCCGCGUGAAAGCAGGAGUGACGUUGGCUGCAGCUGUCAGUCCGUACGUCAUGAACGUUGAUUGCACAGAUGCCGUAACCGCCGUCAGUUCAACGUUCACCCAGCCAGUCCUUGAUAAGCCGCCGACAUUUGUAUCUGGGAUUCCUGGGAAUUCCCCUGACGUCUCAGACGACAACGUGAUUGCGACGUCACUGGGAAAGUUCACAACUACGGACCCUGAUACCACGUGUUCUGUGACGUUACCUGUGACAACCGUUUAUGAGAUCAGAAAAGUGGCGUCACCGACCGAUCCCCAGAAACCGGAGUUUGAAGUGUGGAUCAGUAACGCCGUUACCCAGGCGUCUAUCGACUUCAAUGACCCGCCUGUUUCCCUUACGUUAACAAUCAAGUGCACUGACAGGAACGUUCUUAAUGACAUCACGGGGACGUUUAACGUCAACAUUGUCGACUCACCGCCGGUUUUCACCGCACUGCCUGCGACCGGAACUAACAUUUUCGACGGUCUUAAGCACGCCACCGAGACCCUUCACACGUUCAGCGUCACCGAUAGCGACGACGCCGUUAACUGCUCUGCAAGAGUGCCGGAAAACGCCCUUUUUGAAGUGAUUGCCGGUGUCGCAUCAAGGUUUACAAUUAACGUAAAGGCGGGGGUAACGCUAAGAGCAGCGAACGGACCUUACGUCAUCAACGUCGACUGCUCAGAUGACGACAAUGACGUCACUGCGACGUUCACACAACCAGUGAUUGAUACGCCGCCGAGUUUUGUAUCCGGGAUCCCCGGAAGUUCCCCUAACGUCUCUGACUCCACUGUCACACAGAUGUUACUCGGAAAGUUUACAACUACCGACCCGGAUACGGCGUGUUCUGUGACGUCACCAUCCACCACCGUGUAUGAGAUCAGAAAUGUGACGUCACCGGUGAAUGUUUCUCAACCAGAAUUUGAAGUCAGGAUCUCUAGCACCGUGACUGAAGCUGCCAUCGACUUCAACGACCAGGCCGUGCCGUUGACGUUAACGAUACGGUGUACUGACGGCAACCCCGUCAACGUCAUCACCGGGACUUUCAAUGUCAAUAUCGUUGAUGAGGUACGUCUGUAG